AUGUCUGACAGUACGUUUGUUAAUGCAAUGCAUACUUCUGGUAUGAUAUUAGAUAUUGUGGACUUUGAGAUUUUGAAUGUGUAUUGUAGACUAGUAUACGAAUCCCCGGUGGCCAGAAAACGUAAAGUCACGGCUAAUCUUUCCUCUACACUUAUGGGUUUCCUCCAAUGCGUGGUUUGUUUUUCUACUUGCGGACGAAUCAAUGAAACUAAAUACUUGAAAUUACUUGAACUCAAAACUUUUUGUGAAGAUCAUCAACAGAUAAACCAUGAUUUGAAGUUAAACUUAAAUGAAUGGAAACGAAUUGAAUGUUUGAUAAAAUCUCUUGAACCAGUUUAUUUCGCUACAAAAUUGCUUCAAAAGAAAGAUUUAACUAUAGGAGAUUUUUAUGAGAUUUGGAUCCAGACCAAAAAUAAAUUAAAUCAAAUUAGUUCUACAGUAUCAUUAUCUAUUUUAAAUAAUAUGAAAACUCGUGAAGUUCAGUUAUUGGAAAAUGAUAUAUUUAUUUCAGCUGUAUAUAUGGAUCCACGGUUCAUGUGUUUACUAACUGUUCCAAAACAAGAAAUAGCGGUCAACUACCUUUUGAAAAUAUGGGAUUUAAAAGAGUCAUUAACAUGUAUUGAGAAUUUAGGAAUAGAUUCAACUGAACAACCAGAUAAUCAUAUCACUGAUGAAAGUGAAACAAAUGUUGAAGAUGACGCUGAUGAUGGUGAUGAUUUUGAGAAAUUCCUACAAAACAAUUCCAAUAUAAUACGUAAUCAAAAUGCCUGUUUGCCAAGUUCUUCUCAGGACUCUAAUAAUACUACAUUAAAAAGAAAAUUGGAAGAGUUUUCUAAAUCCGAUAGAUUAAAUUAUAAGGAAGAUGUUGUGAAGUUUUGGACUAAAAAAAAAAAUGAGAUGAGAGAAUUAUUUGAAUUAGCCCAAGUACUCUUAGCAGUACCAGCCACACAAACUGGAUUAUUGUUAAGGCAAAAACUGGGUUGUGCCAAAGACUAG